CUUAAAUCUCGCGAUAUGAGGCCUAACGAGAUUUCUGCCCGUUCUUUUCUCCCGGAACUUCAGGCAAGAUGGCGGAUACCGAGAUCAAGAAGAAGCGUACCUUCAGGAAGUUCACCUACAGAGGUGUGGACCUGGACCAGCUCCUGGACAUGUCCUAUGAGCAGCUGAUGCAGCUGUACUGCGCCCGCCAGAGGAGGAGGCUGAACCGUGGCCUGCGCCGCAAGCAGCAGUCCCUCCUGAAGCGCCUGCGCAAGGCAAAGAAAGAGGCUCCCCCCAUGGAGAAACCAGAGGUGGUGAAGACCCAUCUGAGGGACAUGGUCAUCCUGCCUGAGAUGGUCGGGUCCAUGGUCGGAGUGUACAACGGCAAGACUUUCAACCAGGUUGAAAUCAAGGUGAGGGGCUCAGAAAGCCUAAGUGUACAUUUAACCCCAGCUCUCUUAGACAACCUGUUAUUUUAGCCACAUUCUUGUCAAUGGGGGCCGCUUUGUUCCACGUGGCGCAAGUGUCGUCCUCUACCUGGAUCCCUAUGCAGACAUCCAUGUGCAGCCCAUUUUUAGUGACCACGCACACUGGCUGCACAGGCUCCAAUCUCUUGUUGCCCAGUCCAGUCUAAAACACCACAGUCAAGCCAACUGCAGUCACUGCUUUGAGGUUAAAUUAGUUUUAAGUUGGAUAUUCAACACAUUCGCUUUGGGUCCAGCAGUGUCUUUUUGUUUCACCCAAUGUUGGCAGUAGGACCAUAAGCUCACCUCCCAGCCCUCCCAUUUCCUGCUGGGGGCUGACACAGACCCUCAGUUGUACUAUGAAUGGAACCAUGUGCGCAUUUGGAAAGUGUGUCUGAGCUAUAAAGUGGGGUUAUAUUGCUUUUAUAUUCUGGCAGUUGGUCUCAGUUUGUAGCCGUUCCAUCAUAAUUCCUUGUCAUUGUCAGAGUUGCAUGUUGUCUACAAAGCCAUUAUCUCCCGUUAAUUAAUGUCAGGGCAGUGGGCAGAACAUUAAAGCUGUAAAAACUUUUAUCUUGAUGUGUAUGAAUUGUUUAUUGAGCAGCAGUAUGAUGAUGAAGAUUGGGAUUUGACAGGUCAGGUACUAUCUGAUGGUUCCAUUAUACACACAGAACUGUGGUUGACGAGUUGAGACAUAUGACAGGUUGUAGAGAGAAACCUUUACGCAUUGGGAAACGGAUG